AUGUACAUAUAUGUGGUUAUAGAUGAGUUGUUCCGCAACCGGGUAAGUAAGAGUCUGUGACAAUUAAAUCUUAAAUAUCUGCAAAAUCAGCACAGAGUAUUCAUAAUAUAUCUAUUUUAUUUUUGUUCCAUAAAAUUUAUAUACCACUUGACUGUCGGGAAAAUCCAAGGCAGUUUACAAAAAGAAAAGAAAAGAUAAAGUAAUCAGAACUAUCACUGGUUUUUUAAACCAGCCAUAAUUUAAAACAUAAAGUUAAAACCACAAUAGAAUAGACUAGAAACAAAUUAAAACUCCUACAAACUUUCAGAACAUCUGGGUAGGCUUCAUGGGUGUAGCCUGGGGGGAGGGGCAGCCCCUCUAGAUCCACAAAAAUUAUUGACAAGCAUUGAAAGUACUCAGUUAUCUAAGGUUCUGUCCCCCCCCCCCCACCCAGCAGAAGCCUGCCCCCCGCCGUGUCCUAUUUACGGGGUAUUUUUACACCUGAUUUCCUUAAAAAAAAAAGCUGAACAACGUUGGCUGCCCCUCCCUAACAAAAAUAAUAUCUUCAGCAGGCGCCCAAAGCAGCUGUGAUUUCUGCUAACGAAACCGCCGCCUGGAACGGAGGGAGCAGUUCGACUUCGUGCCCGAAGUGUCGGCAAAAACCUGAUCGUGCCGUUUCCCCGCUUGGAGCCGCUCCGCCCUCCGCCCUUGCUGGCCAAUCCGUAGUCGGUCGCAUUUUGACGGACACUUCGAACGCCCAUUCACGCCGCGGCCCGUGCAAAGCAUGUUGGGUCUUCGUGCUUCUAACUUGCGGUAGCGGGUUUUUCUAAAACCCUCCCGAACCUCGCCUUCCUUCCAGCUUUGCUGCAGCUGCCGAUCCAUUCUGAAAGGGCGGGAAAGGCAGCGGAAGGUCCCGCUUCCUCAGAAACCGAGAGGGGUUCGUAAGCACCGGGUGGGUUUCGCGCGGGGGUCUCGCAGGCCGCCUUGGCGAAGGAAGUCCUCCGAGGCGGGGCGGGGAGAGCCGGUUCACACUGGCGCUUCCUCUUCAGUUUCGCACGGGGAGAGGGGAGGAGGAAUAGCCCUCCCUCGGCAUGUACUGAGGCUCGAAUUUUGGGUGUUAUAAUUGCUAUUACCUUCAUUUUGCUAUCUUAACUGGCACCCUCAGGUCCCCAGGGCGGGUUACAACAAUUAAAAGUGUGUGUGUGUGUGUGUGUGUGUGUGUGUGUGUGUGUGGAGACACAUACACACUCUAUAUGUGUGUGUGUGUGUAUACACACACUACCUAUCUAUCUAUCUAUCUAUCUACACACACACACACACACGCACUAUAUCUGUAUCUAUAUAUAGUGUUAAAAGCCAGGGAGACUUUGUAUGUUUGUGUGUGUGUGUGUGUGUGUGUGUGUGUGUACACACACAUACACACUAAAUAGAUAUACUGUACACUCUCUCUCUCUCUCUCUCUAUAUAUAUGUAUAGUGUCAAAAACCAGUGAGAAGAGGUAAUGAAAUCAAAACUGCAGCUCCCCGACUGACUCCCAUUUUUAACAAAAUGCCCCUCUCUAGCUUUCCUUAAAAACAGUAGGAAGGGGCCUGGCUGCCUCCUGGAGUUGAAGGAUUGCCUCGCCCCAAAUAUGUACGCCCUUCACUGCUUAGAUCUGCAGAACGCACACUUUUACCAGUGCUGUAUCACAUUUGCCCCACGUUUACAAGUCAACAGCAUCCUCGCUUCAGAACUCCCUGCACAUUAAUAUUAGGCAGGUUCCUUCGCUGUAUUUUUCUCCCCCCAGUGCUUGCGAAAACCCUUUUUGUUCAUGCAAGCGUACCCAGGCAUAUACUUUUAGUAAUCGUAAUGUGUUUAAAAAUGGCUGGUUUUCUUCUAUAUUUUAUAUUCUCUCCCCCCCCCCAAUUGGCUGGGGGAAGUGAGGGAGCCCCAUUGUGCAUAUGGAAGUUCUUGCAUAGGUGUCUGCUGAUGGGACUCAUUACAGUGGUGCCUCGCAAGACGAAAUUAAUUCGUUCCGCGAGUUUUGUCGUCUUGCGAUUUUUUUCGUCUUGCGAAGCACGGUGUCGGGAAAGUUUUGGAAAAGCUUCAAAAAUACCAAAGUCUUUAAAAACCUCAAAAAAGGCUACCACACUGCGUUCUAUGAGUUGCUCCUCGAACUCAAGUCGCAACUGUAUUAACGGUGUUAAGAAAAAGGAAACAAACUUGCAAGAAGUUUCCGUCUUGCGAAGCAAGCCCAUAGGGAAAAUCGUCUUGCGAAGCAGCUCAAAAAACAAAAAACCCUUUCGUCUAGCGAGUUUUUUGACUUGCGAGGCAUUUGUCUUGCGAGGUACCACUGUAGUUGAAUCCUGCUCAGUGAUACCCACCAGUAAUAAUGCUACUUUCCUACCAGGGUGGGAGGGAGCCUAACUUCUGCAAAAUACACCUUCACAGAAGCCAGUAAAGUCUAUAAAUCUGAUGUCCACCCUUUUCCACAUAGCAUAAGUUGAUAGAAAAGGCAUGCUCUCUCCAACCACAGUGGUACCUCGGGUUACAAACACUUCAGGUUGCAGACUCUGCUAACCCGGAAGUAGUACCUCGGGCUAAGAAGAAGAAGAGUUUGGAUUUGAUAUCCCACUUUAUCACUACCUGAAGGAGUCUCAAAGCGGCUAACAUUCUCCUUUCCCUUCCUCCCCCACAACAAACACUCUGUGAGGUGAGUGGGGCUGAGAGACUUCAAAGAAGUGUGACUAGCCCAAGGUCACCCAGCAGCUGCAUGUGGAGGAGUGGAGACACGAACCCAGUUCACCAGAUUACGAGUCUACCGCUCUUAACCACUACACCACACUGGCUCUACCUCAGGAUGAGAACAGAAAUCGCAUGCUGGCGGCGCUGCGGCAGCGGGAGGCCCCAUUAGCUAAAGUGGUAGCUCAGCUUAAGAACCGUUUCAGGUUAAGAAUGGACCUCUGGAACGAGUUAAGUUCGUAACCAGAGGUACCACUGUACCCCUGAAAUAUUGUGCUGCCUUGCCCACUAAUAGAUCUCAGCCUAGUGUUUAAUGAUCUCAACAAGAUCAUAGACAAGUUGCAAAAACGUUACCUAGUAUCUCAGUCCUAUUUAAUAUUGAUUGAUGUAAAACAUGAGUGCUUCUGACAUGGAGAAAUUGUUUUGAUAGUGAUCUCUAAGUGUGAGACUGGGUCUGGAUCAGCAUUUCCGAGCUAAGUUGUCUAAACAGGCUACAAUCUUUUUUAAAAAAGCUUAUACAGCUACCUGAAAAUUCUGCUACUAAUGCACUGACAUGCAAUUCAUUAUCAGAAAGGAUUAAUAGUUGCUGAAAUUAGGAAAGUUAAAUGAUGCAAAUUUCCCCCACACUAUUGCAGAGCAAUGCAAAGGGCUUCACGACUUAAGAGGGAGCUGCAUUUGCUGACUACACAGCCGCCACCAGGAAUUACUUGCUGGCAGAAUGGAAGCCGUAUAGAUGAUCUUCAAGCCCGUAUGUAUCUGUCUGGAUUCGAUCUUUUCUGCCCUCCAUACCUCAGUAACCCAGCAACAAUAGACAAAACAAUAUACAAAUAGUUAGAGGUUAGAAUCUAUAACUUAUAUACAUAAGCAUUAAUUAAAAGUUCCAGAGAACUUUGUUUUGCUUUUUCUGCAUACAUGCAAAUAUACUGUAUACUGUAUUUAGAAGCAAGUUCCAUAAAAAAAGUUGGAUUUGUUUCAGAGUAAACUUGUGUGGUGCCAAAAAGCAUGCAGUGAAGGAUGGUGGGGAGCUGCAGUCCAGCAACUUAUGGAGAGCCAGGGAUUCCCCAGCCCUUUUCUAGAUUGUUUUAAUGCAAUUAUUUCAUUUAGUUUUUUGCCAAUGAUUCACUGGAAUUUGAGGAAAUGUUGCUUAAGAAGCUGAACUUAGUUGUGAUUAAUAAUGAAAGGGAAGGUGUUGUCAUACCUCGGGUUACAGCCGCUUCAGGUUGCGUCUUUUCGGGUUGCGGACUGCCAAAACCCGGAAGUACCGGAAUGGGUUACUUCUGGGUUUUGGCGGUCGCGCAUGCGCAGAAGUGCUAAAUCGCGCUUUGCGCAUGCGCAGAUGUGGGUUACAAACGUGCAUCCCGCACGGAUCACAUUCGCAACCUGAGCGUCCACUAUAUAAUCCAUAAAAGGUAAAGAUACUAGGUCAUCUGCAUAGCAGGAAAUAGAGAAGUAGCUCCUUUUUCUGAAACAAAUGUUUGGUGUGGCAAAGAUUAUAAGAUGCUCAUAAUUUUCUAAUUCUUUUUGGACAGAAAUUUAUUUUGUUAGCCAGUGUAAAGAUCCUUUCCUGGAAGAUAAAAAUACAUCCUCAUCCAAGUCUUUUUAGAAUUCUGGCACUGAACAAUAAGUCUGAAAAAUAAUUAUUACAUUCCUUGUAACUUUUGUUCUUUUCCUGCCUAGUUCCUUGGAUGGAUGUAUUUUGAAGAUAUGAAUAUGUUGUGGCUUAUGUGAUCAAACUUUGUUUUUGCAGUGACUGAAGCAGUUACCUAAAGAGGGCAGUAUUGAUGUAUCUUACUAUGUCUUUUUCUCUUUAGAAAUGUUGGGUUCUGCAGAUACACCAUACGAGAAAGGAAUUUUUAACUUGGAAGUAGUUGUGCCUGAAAGUUAAGUGGAUUUUUGAAAAUCUUUUGUGCUUCAAUGUAUUAAGCAGAUAUGGAAUGGUAGGUUUGUUAAAUACAGCUCAUGAGACUGCAGUUCCUUUUACAGGAUUAGGAACUAGAGAGCUGUUAAACUGCUUUAAGAUCAAGCUGAUACCUCUAGAUCAGGCAUGUCCAACAGGGAGUAGAUCGCAGGAUCUUGGAAGUUGGACGUGCCUGCUCUAGAUCUAGUAAGUGAGAUCAAUGUUAUGCCAAUGGGUGCAACAGGAGUUCUAACCCUCCAAACAAUAGCUUUUGGUGGCAUGUAGGGGACUGCAGAGGUAAGGAAGUGUAAACCCUGUUUGCUUAAAUAGGAUACCACAUUUGGAUAUCACACUCAUUGUUCUGCCCGGACACUGAGGUCCAGCACUGAGGGCCUUCUGGUGGUUCCCUCUCUGCGAAAAGCCAAGUUACAGGGAACCAGGCAGAGGACCUUCUCGGUAGUGGCACCUGCCCUGUUAAACGCCCUCCCAUCAGAUGUCAAAGAGAAAAACAACUACCAGACUUUAAGCUGUGCAAGGAAAGGUGGGUCACAAAUAUUUUUAUAAACAAAUAAAUAAAUACCCAUAGGCUUUAAAACCUAUAUGUCUCACCUGUGCUGUGCUAGUACAGCCUAAUUCUCUAGACGUUGGGUACAUAAAAUUAUACUUUCUGCUCAUCCCAAUUUCAUCAAGACAUCUGAAGGCAGCCCUGUUUAGAGAAGCUUUUAAUGUUUAACAGACUAUUGCAUUUUAAUAUUUUGUUGGAAGCCGCCCAGAGUGGCUGGGGAAACCCAGCCAGAUUGGCAGGGUAUAAAUAAUAAAUUAUUAUUAUUAUUAUUAUUAUGCUCGUGCAUGUUCAGAAAUGGAUAAGAACGAGGGAUUUGUGGGUGUUAACUUGUGAAAAUUCUCUUUCAAAAUAAGAGAACGAGCUGUUUUUUAAUUAGGUAUCCAUUUGAACCCCCAAAGAUACGCUUUCUGACUCCCAUAUACCAUCCCAACAUUGACUCAGCUGGAAGAAUUUGCCUUGAUGUUCUCAGAUUGCCACCUAAGGUAAUGAGUUGCCUCUCUUACAGGGAUUGAUGAGAGCAGCAGUAGGCCUCCUGGCACAGCUGUUCCUAUCUGCAAGUGCAGAUACUGCUAUGUGUAUUGGUUGAAAGAGGCCACUUGCUUGUAUUUCCCUACUGAGGAGACCUGGACAGAAACAGUUACAGUCAGCUGGUCUAAGCUCCUUGUAAACCUCAUCUUUUCUUAAUUGCCUUUGGUGUGUGUGUGUCACAGGUGGGAUUGAUGCUUUUGGGGUUUUGAGUACUACAUAUUUUUGCAGCAUGUUGAUCUGGCUAUGCAUAUUGAUAAUACUGAGGUUUGUGAGUGUCACUGUGAUUGUUGCCAAACAGGGUUUGGGGGGGUAUAGUUUGCUGGGGGUUAUUCUAAAAUUUUUCAGAAGUACAUAAAGAGUUAAACAAAAGAGGGCAUGACACCGCUCCAAAAUCAACUCAAUAAAUAUAGAGGAUGAAGGGUGGUCUCCUCAAGCCAUGGAAUGUAGAGCGAGAUUUAGAAAAGAUAAUUUAGGGAAGGAAUGUGAAUUGGACUACUUAAGCCCCUCACCACUAUCUGGAGGAAACAGAAGCACUCCUGUUAUUGGAAGAGAAUACAUGGCAACAUUUUGUUGCAUGUCACACUUGUAUAUAUUAAUUGAUAUACAGGUUGCUCCUAAAUUUCUGCAAUGUUGCCCAGAAAAUCUUGGGGGGAAUUAUAGCUUGGGCCUGCAAAGUAACUCCCAACAAAACACACUUCUCUUUGUAUCAUAAUACCCCCACUCACUCAAGUAAUUUUUCGUUCUGUGCAGGGUGCAUGGAGACCGUCUUUGAAUAUUGCUACUUUGCUGACUUCAAUACAGAUACUUAUGAAUGAACCCAACCCUGAUGACCCCCUCAUGGCUGACAUAGUAAGUUUCCUCCUUUAUUUUGGUGGAAUGUGUGUUGUAUUUUUGGAAGCUAUAACUAUGCUAUAACUCUGUCUGUGAAGGGAUGUGAAGAAACCACAGAGUGCAAUAGAUGUACCUCUUGCAGUUCAUUUCUUUGGGGUACAAAUUUUCCAGUAAUACAACUGAGAAAAGGCCAUGUUGACCUAGAAGUGGGGGUGGGGGUGGGGAGAGGAGGGAGAUGCUCAAAUAGAAUUUGUUUUGUUGACAGUGAGGUCAACGCUUUCUACCUUGAAACAUCAUGCUUAAAAAUGGAUGGAUGGGUAUAUAUGUGUUGCAUACAGGAUACAAAAUAUGGCGGUUGCAGUCUUCCUAAAUACCUAGUGUGGUUAAGUAGUCUUCCAUGCGGUCUAGUAAAUCUGUCAUCAAACGUAACUAUGGUCUUAUGGUUGAGAGGCCAUAAUUAUCCUUGUCUCUUACUUUUUCCUUUUUCUUUUUUUUAAUUAUGUCUAGUCCUCUGAGUAUAAAUACAACAAGCAAACAUUCCUCAAAAAUGCCAGACAAUGGACAGAGAAGUAUGCAAGCCAGACAACAAUGGUAAGGAAAGUAUAUCACUUUUGUUAGAGAGGAAUGGGGUGUAGGUUAAUCUUCACAUGUGCAGUCUUGCUGUGCCCAACGGAAUACUUCAAAUCUGCGUCACCUAUAAUUGCCCAUCUUCCUAUAAUUGAGUUUGUGGGAUGGAAAUAAUAUGAAUGUGCCAUGAAACACAAGUGUCUGGAUUAACUUCUCCCUUGUAGACUACCUUUUCUGGCAAUGGGAGUUUUUGUUUUGCUUUCUUGGCCACGUUGUCAUAACUCUAAAACGCCAUAGAAAAAUGCAGGGAUUGUUCAGAGUUUAUUGUAUUUUAUUUGUGUCUGAUCUUGUAGAAUUUGCCUUGGGUAAGAAUAUUUGGAAAUUACCCUAUUGCAAACAUUUUAUAUGGAAUUUUAUUUGGCUUGCAGUAUGGUUCUAAAUCUGCAGACAGCACACAUCCUCUGUGUAUUUGUAUGAAGGGAGGAAUUCAUCAGCAGAGACGCAGAUCUUUUGGUAAAAUCAUUCCAGUACCCCAGGCCAAACACACAUUGAUUCUAGGUAAAUUUAGGAUGUGGGAUCAGCCUUGUUCACUGAUCUGGGAAAUAAUUUCUAGAAAUUCUCCCAGUUACAUCUGGUCUACAUAUGCAGCAAAACAAGUUUCUUUUUUUAAUACAGUAAGCCCAGAACUUAGGCACAUUUAACGUGUGCACAUUCAGCUUUACGCGCUUGGCAAUAAAUAAAUAAAGGGCAGGUGUCCGACUUUGGCAAUUCUACCUGUGUUUUGACGUCAUGUGAUUUUGGCUUUAGGUGUGAUCCCUGGAACACAACUCCCGCGUAAGUUGCAGGCUUACUGUAGAGGGGGAUUCAUAUAACUUAGUUCACCGCUGAACCUUAUAUUGCUUAAACUAACUUGAGAAGCUAGUUUGACGGCAGCUGAUACAGUUUUAAAGGGUGCAUGAGACCACAGAGCGCACCAGGAAGCUUCAGAGAUUGGUCUGCCAAUAUCAUUCUCCUACAUCAUGCAAGGACCAUUAGGGUCCUUGCAAAAAGAAUCAGUUAGGAUUCCAUUGAGGGUAUUUAAUACCCUUCCUGUGAACUGAGCACUGUAAACACUUUCAAAGAUGAGUGCUUUUAACCUGAAUGUCAAGCUGCUCACCUGCAGGGCUUUAAACCAUUGUGCUCCAGAGUCAGGUUAGAAGGAGAUAAGCUUGUCAUGAGAUGAAGGUCUAUCCUCAUCAAACAAGUCUACCAGUGUACAGUUGUACCUUGGAAGUCGAACAGAAUCCGUUCCGGAAGUCCGUCUGACUUCCAAAACAUUUGGAAACCAAAGUGCAGCUUCUGAUUGGCUGCAGGAAGCUCCGUCAGACGUUCCCAAAAUAGUUCGCAAACCAGAACAGUCACUUCCGUGUUUGGGAGCCAAAACGUUUGAGAACUAAGCUGUUUGAAAACCAAGGUACGGCUAGUUAUUCUGGCCUCUUUCCAGUCACAGAAUUGGUUAUAGCAUUCCAGACAAGCAAACUGGGUGAUUUGAGGAGUGGAGAGGAGAUGGCAAAGCAUGGUUAAGGGCAGGCUGAGAGAUCGUCUUUUGACAUUCUGCAUAUAUGCCUGAUUCCUUUCGCAGUGCAUUUCUGAAGUUUUUCCAUAUAGAACUUGAUAACUUCAAAAUGAUGGGGAUGUAGUCUUUGGCUAUGAUAUUAAUGCUUGAUAGGAUAUUUCACCUCCUACUGUAACUUCUGUCUGAAAGCAUUGCUCUUCCAUUUUUUCAUUGAGCCUGGAAUACCAUUCCAAAAGCCCUAGGCUGCAGGUGUUACUGUUUUUGUUUGUUAUCAUGGUAUAUAUUUUUGUGUUUUUAUGUUGUAAACUGCCCUGUUAUCCUUGGAUGAAGGGCGGAAUAGAAAUUUAAUAAGUAAUAAUAAUUUCCCCCACUUGAAGUGGUACAGUCCAUUCUGCCACCUCCAGCACUUUGACCCUAUUCAGUCUUUACUUGCAUGUAGGGGCACUGCCAUUACAAAAGGGGCUAUGCCUUUAGACUGCCCCCAUUGUUGGAUGGUUGUUUCUGUAUUCCAAGUGUUCAGGGCAAACGUCUGUAGUGGGAGACAGCUGUUCUCUUGUAGGCUUCCUGCACUUUUUAGAACUCUUAAUUGUUCAAGCAUUUGGCUGGCUCCCUAUCCAAUCUGGUUUAGAACCCUGAUUUCCUUGCCUUUCUUCUGUAACUUCACUUCUCUGUUCAAAAAGUGGAUCCCUAACUUUCUGUUUGUUGUAGUUGCUCAUUAUUAACAUAGAAUGGACAAAUCAAAAGACUGGUGGGCACAUGAGACUUGGGUCUUAGUUAUAUUUAGGAGCUAAGGAGUCAGGGCAACUCCCAAGCAAAACAUGUUUGGGAGUGCAAAUGCCACCAUUCAGGGGAGCAAGGAUUUAAUGCAUACUAUAAAGGGCUGUAUUCCAUAGUGACUGAAAGCUGGGGAGUGAAUAGAAUAGCAGGAAAUAAACUUUGAGGGAGCACUUACUAGUGGAGUCAUCCAUGCUAGAGCACCCAACCCAGCACAAGCAAUGAGUUCAAGCAGAAAGUAGGUGUAGCAAUCAGCGCUGUAUAAAUUAUCCUGUCUCAUCUUCAACAGUUUUGUGUGCCCCAAUAAAGCACAGAGUGGUCUUCAGUAAUUCACAACUAUGCCUUCUACUUUUAUUGAAAUUUCCAGGUAAAUUGGGAUGAAAUUACACAGCUGAAACACUUGGGGGCAUCUGAACCUUAAAUAAUACAACUUCUUUCCUAGUUGCACUUUCUUGUUUCUUAACUAAUGUGAAGAAGCUGAUUCUUCUUAGGCUGUCAGAAGAAUUUCAGCUUUGGAUAAAUUUGGCCUGCUUGCAGAAAGAACUGAUUUCUGUUUGGAGGUAGCAUCUCCGUGUUGCUCAGAAUUUUCUUGUAAAAGAACUGGUAUAUCCAGUGCUUUUCUUCUAGGCAAAAAGAUGCCGGUACUGCAUACCCUUGAGUGCCCCCAGGAAAAAAGUACUGGGUAUAUCUGUGCUAUGGAAGUGAUCUAUGAACAGCCUGUACAAAUCUUGCAGAGCCAUGCAUAUUGUAUUCCACAAAUUUCUGAAAAAGUUUUUCUAGUUCCCAGAACACGUAAGAACAGUCCAGUGAUGCUGGAAAAGGCACAUUUUCUCUUCUGUGGCACCUCAAGUUUGGCUGUCAGGCCACUAAAUGUGGUCAGCUGUAUAAUGAGGAUCUAUGGGAAUUCUGUAUGGGGUGGUAAGAGGGUGAGGAAUUAGCUGAUUUGUGUCUUUAAAGAACAAAAUGUGUCCCAUGACUUUUGAAGUCUUAACUUGGGGAGUCUGCAUACUUGCAAGAUGUGAAUGAAAGCAUUGGUACGUUGAGCAAAGUGUGAACACAGAAACCAAUAUUUUUCUCUCUCAGUUGGUUUUCUCUGAUGUUAUUCCAGACUGUGGAAACCACCGAUGAAGAGAACCACCAAAGUGCAGCCAACCCACCCAAAGAUUCUCACAUUUCCCAGAAAAGGAAAGGAAGCAGUAUCAGUGGAUUGUCCAAAAGACCUUGCUCAGAAACAUAG